AUGGCGCCCUUUUGUUCUGAUCCGCGGCAAAUUGUUAUUGCCCUUGAUCCCCGGCGCCGGAUUGAGCUCUUCAAGCUCGUCGAUGACAUUAUUUUCUCCAUGACUGCCCAGCUCCAUGCCAAAUCGGACGAGUUGGGAUCAGUCUCAAUCGAAUCCAGUAUACACGAGGAAAAUUACACGCCGCAAAACGAGAAAGCUGAACAUUCUUCGUCAACCGGUGAAGUCGUCCGUACUGAUGCCUCGAGCGAAUCCGUGACAUUGUUCGACUUCGACGAUGCCACUGCUGUCAACGACAACAAGAAAACGUUUACUCCUCAGAACCCGUUCAAGAAUGUUAAGGUGGGCGUGCCAUGGAAGAGUAAACCCGGUAACCCCAGCGCCCCAAACCGGACCACAAGACAGGCCGAGGAGUUGCAGAGCGCCGCGCGCCAGUACAUGGACGAGUGGGAGCGCGAGUUUGUCCCCAAGCUAGAGGAGAUUGUGGUUGUCAAGGACAAUGAUAAGAUUAUCGCAGAGCGCCAAGCACGGCGUCAGGUUGUCGAGAUGAACGAGGAGAAUGAGCGCGCCGAGAGCAAACGCCGCACCGGAUCCGACGAGGCCAAGGACGAGCAGACGGCAUUUGCCAUCAUGCAGACGCUUUACCCGCCCAUCCCGACGCCUCUGACUGAGCUAUCAAUGCACGACCGCCGCGAGGCCCUCAGCUGUAUGCUACUCCUGCUGCUCUCCACGGGCCGGUACUCGGCGCACUCGCGCGCCCUGAUGAUGCUCCUGACGUCAUCCCUCAACGUCUCACACACGUUCCUCAACAAUGAAGAGGGCGAGAUCGCGCAGUCACUGAUCGAGCAGUCGACCGCGGAUAAGAGUAAAAAGGAGGCCAUGUCGGCGGAUGCCGAGGCGGCGAAGCGCCAGCAGGAAAACAAGUUUGGCCGCUACUGGAAGGUCGGUCUGGCGUCGGUGGCCGGCGCGACAUUGAUUGGCGUUACAGGCGGGCUAGCUGCACCGCUGGUCGCAGGUGCUGUGGGAAGCAUUCUAGGUGGUGUUGGAUUGGGAGGUGUGGCGAGCUUUCUCGGCAUCUUUUGGAUGAAUGGUGCGCUCGUCGGCGCGCUCUUCGGCGCCUAUGGAGCCAAGAUGACAGGCUCCAUGAUGGACAAAUAUGCCAAAGAGGUUGAGGACUUCAAAUUCAUUCCCCUCCACGAAUCUCCCGAGGGCAGCAGCAGUGGCGCCCGAGAUCGCCGCCUGCGCGUCACGCUUGGUAUCAACGGCUGGCUCAACUCGGAGAGCGAUAUCACCACGCCCUGGGAGGCGCUACCGCCCGACACGGAAGUCUUUGCGCUGCGGUACGAGAUGAAGACGCUCCUCGCGCUCGGUACCGCGCUCGGUGACCUGGUCCAGUCGUUUGCGUGGAAGGCCGUCAAGACGGAAAUCAUAAAGCGCACCGUGCUCGCGACGCUCUGGGCCGCCCUCUGGCCAAUUCAAGUCUUCGCCGUUGCCUCCAACAUCGACAACCCCUUCAACCACGCCGCCAACCGCUCCAAAAAGGCCGGCCGCCUGCUCGCCGAUGCCCUCAUCAACAAAGUCCAAGGUGAGCGGCCCGUCACGCUCGUCGGCUACUCGCUCGGGGCCGCCGCCAUCCACGCCUGCCUGCAGUCCCUCGCCGAGCGCCGUGCGUUUGGCCUCGUCGACACCGUCGUCGUCGUCGGCGCCCCCGCGCCAUCCGACCCUGCCCACUGGCGCACCCUCCGCACCGUAGUCUCGGGCACCAUCUUCAACGCCUACUCAGAAAACGACAUGAUUCUCGGCUACGUCUACCGAGUGCACGGCUUGUCCCUUGGCGUUGCCGGUCUCCAGCCUAUUCACGGCGUCGCCGGCGUCGAGAAUCUCGACCUCAGCGACCGCGUCAGCGGCCACCUGCGCUACCCGGACCUUCUCGGAGGCAUCCUCCGCGCGUGCGGCUUCGCGGGCGUCAAGGCGGACCGGGACAUUGAAAAGGACGAGGUCAUUCGCCUCAAAGAGGAGUACGCGGCCGGUCAUGCCGUCGACGUGGACGGCACAACGGUGGCGCCGGACGAGGCUGAUUGUGGUGGUGGUGGCAAGGGGAAUGUCGAAAAGGUGACUGCGCGGAUGGAGACACUGCAUAUUGACGAAGAGGUGCGCGGAGGACCACCGCCGAUGCCAAGUCGCCCGUCGGGCGACGCGCCGAUGCCCAAGAUGCAUAGAAAACUGGUACCUGCGCCGGCGGCCCCCAAAGAUGAGGACUUUAAGCCCAUUUCAAUGAUCAACAAUGACGAAGUGUAG